CUCGCGACGCACGGUCGGAUGGGAGGUUUUUUCGUCGGAACGAGCCUAUCUCGCAAAGAAACUCUAACGAUUCAUUCGUUACACAGUACGUUAUGACAACGGCACUUCUGUUUUAAAGUCCUCGUCUACAUGGUAUCGUCGUCGUCCUUUAUGCCAUUUGAAACAAAACCAAAGUCAGGAAUAAACGGUGCGUCGGUUUAUUAUCGUAGUAAGCGUUCUAUCGAGCUCUCGUUGGCGUCGUCAGGUCAAUUACACCGAGCGCGUUCUUCUCUUCGUAUUCUUCUUCUUCGUCGACUAGACUCGUGGACGAAGGUGAAGUCUAUGACCGGACAAAACGAAUGUUUACAUUCCUAUCGAAGAAGAAAGUGGUGCGAGAACAGUGGUAGAACGUACUCUACGUUCGCUUUGAUGAGGUUCGAGAAAACGGAAGAGGAGGACACGAGGGCGGACUAUAUGAUUCGCGAGCAUUGAUAUUCGUAUUGUACUGUAGUGACAGAACGCCAUACAUACAUAUACACAUAUACAUACAUGUUAAAUGUAUAAGCAUAUAUACUAGUUUGGUGCAGUUACGCCCGCCGUUAACACCCCUGCUAUUUGAUUUUUUUUUCUCUCUACAUUUAUCAGUUACUUGUCUUUGUUGUUGACACGUUUAAUCAUUAUAUAUCGAAAGAGCUUUUACUAGUUGCAAUUGUGUUUCUUUAUCUCACUGUUAACGGUGCAUGUCGGCGGUUAGCACAGAGUGGAAGGUUGAUGACAAUGCAACGAGUUCAAGAUCAAGACAAUGGAAUCAACAUUAAGUUCGGAUCAAAGAAGUCCAGAAAGGGCGAUUAUAAAUUGGUUUCGCAAGACGCGAAAAAGGAAAGACAAAACAAUUAUAAUGGGACCAACAAACACGUUAAAGAUGUAACAGCAGAGGAAGAAUUAGUACCCCCAGAUGGAGGUUGGGGAUGGCUGGUACUUUUGGCAUCUGUUCUUGUCAAUGUCCUUAUUCCAGGAAUGGUGAAAUCUUUUGGAGUUUUAUUCGUUGAAUUUCGUAAAGUUUUUGAUGCAUCUCCUGCUGCAGCUGCUUGGAUUCCUGCAUUAUGUUAUUUUCUGUACAGUUCUCUUGGGCCAUUGUCUAGUGUGCUUUCGGUUAAGUACUCAUAUCGGACAGUAUCAUUAUUGGGUGGUACAUCUGCUGCUGUAGGAAUGAUGAUAAGUUAUUUUGCAAACUCUGUUGGCUUUUUAUGCGUUAGUUUUGGAGUAUUGGUAGGAACAGGAGCAGGUUUGGCUUUUCCUCCAACCGUAUACAUUGUAACAUCCUAUUUUGUACGCCUACGAGGACUAGCCAAUGGUCUGUGUAUCUCAGGCAGUGCUUUAGGUUCUAUAUUUCUUCCACCACUUCUUGGGCUUCUUUUACAAGAGUAUGGUUACAGAGGUGCAGUAUUAAUAAUGGGAGCUAUGACUUUAAAUGUGUGGGCUUGUGCUUUAUUAUACGAUCCAGUGGAAAAACACAUGAUUCCUGCGCGACCAUCACGCGAUUCGAAAGAUCAUAAAAGCUUAGAAACUACAUCAAUUACUAUUACUAGUCCUGAAGAUGAGAGGAGACAUAAUAAUUUUAUUUCUUCCAACUCGAGCUGUGAAAAAGCUGCGCCUAUAGUGCCAAAAAGCGCGUCUAGCGUUGCAUUGGAAAAUUAUAAAAAUACUCCUGUUCAAGGAAGAACUAGAAAAAUUAGUAUGCCAACUGGGCGUGAAAUUACUGGGCAAAUGCAUAGCACACCAGCUUUACACGCUGUACCUGAAAGAGGAGUCGAAACAGGGAAAUUGAUAAAACGUAAAUCAUCCACUCAAUCUCCCAGUACUUCAUCAUUUUAUUAUAUUAGUACCCCUCAUCACGGUAGCACAUUGUCCGCAUUACAUCCUGCACAUGCAUCUACAUUAACAUUAAAUGCAAUAUCUAAUACGUUUACGAGAAAAGGGUCUGGCCGUGCACCGAAGCAGGAAGAAAAAUCGGGAAAUAAAUUCUUUGAUUGUAGCUUAUUGAAAGAUCCUAUGUACCUCGUUAUAUUGAUCUCAAAUUCAACGAAUGCUGUUAGUUAUACGAAUUUCGUAAUAUAUUUGCCAGCUUAUGCAGAUUCGCUAGGUUUUGACAAGAGUAUGGGCCCUCUUCUUCUAUCGAUCGUGUCAAUUUUGGAUCUCAUUGGACGUAUCGGUGGAUCUGCAUUGUCCGAUAUAAAGUUAAUGCCGAAACAUUGGUAUUUCGUAGGCGGCUUAUUUGCUUCUGGAGUAUCCUUAGCAAUAUUACCAAUGGCUACUACUUAUACCUUAUUAUCUGUAUAUUGUGGAAUAUUUGGAUUAGCUUCUGGCACAUAUGUCGGAGUUACCGCAGUUAUUAUGGCUGAUAUGCUCGGCACUGAAAAACUUACUUCAUCCUAUGGCAUUUCUUUAUUUGUUAAUGGAAUUUUGCAGCUUAUAGGCCCACCAAUUUGUGGUGUGGUUUAUCAACAAAUCGACCAAUAUGGUCCCAUUUUUAGUGUCCUAGGUAUAAUUUUAAUUAUAGGUUCAUUACUAUGGGGCUUUGUUCCUUUCAUUAAAAAAAGGCAAAAAGGAUCAGAAGUUAACAGUCCAAUAGAUAAAUUAUAGUAAUCUACAUUUUUUGCUAAUAUAUUGAACAAUUUAUUCGAGCAAAAAUUGUAUACGAUUAUUGAUCGUGACAUCCUUGUAGGAAUAUUAUCAUUUAACUUGAAAACGCGACACAAGAUCACGAGACUAAUAUUAGAAAAAAAGAAACUUAUAGAUAAUUCUUUAGCACUGUGAUGCUGUAUAUAUUUUACACGCACACUUAUUACUCUAAUUAUUAAGAAAAGUAUUAUGAAAAUUUAGAAAAACUUUUUGAAGACACAGUCUCUCUUUUUCCAAAAAAAAAGAAAAAAAAAGAAAAAAAAAGAAAAAAAAAGAAGAAAGAAAGAACAAUUAAAAACCUUGCCUUGCACAUAGGAUUAUUGCUCCUUGAAAGUAAGAACUUCAAUUAUAAAUUAUGAUAAAUAUACGUCAUUACGUGUUCGCGCGUAUUGUUACUGUGUGUGUGUGUGCGUGUGUGUGUAUUUGAUUUUUAUUUAGUACUUAAUAUAAAGUAAAGAAGUUGGUGCUAUUUAUGUCUAAAGGAUGAACACACUGUUAAAUGUUUAAUUUCUUAAGACCUUUUAAAAUUUUAUUCGUUUUCCAUAUUAUUUCAUAAUUGAAAACAAAAUGUAUUUGGAUGCAUUUUAGAUUACUGUUACUUAACAAUGUCAGUGAAUAUAGUAAAAAGAAUAGCAAAAUUUUAUGACACACAGUAACUUAAAUAAUUUAAUUUUAACAUUUUGUUUUCACAAUUUUAAUUCGUAAAUCACCGAAAAUAUGCCUUACUACGUGAUAGAUUCUAAGCACUUUGUAAUUAAUAAUUAAUAUAUUAAGUUUAUAUAGGUCUGUACACAAAUGCAAAAUAAAUAGUAGCAUAACAGAUAAA